UAGUGGACAAAUAAAUGACAAUGACGAUUGACCGUUGAGGUUAUGUUAUUAAACUAUUUGCUUCGACUGUUUGUUGUUGUUAUAAAUCAAUUAUAAAUAUAAAGUAAAUGCAGUGUAUCGGCAGAUAGUUUAAAAUUAAAGUAUAAUAAAUUCCCUUUAACUAUGAAUCCUAUGACAAAUGUAAAAAAUGUGUUAAAGUUAAGUGAAAGAGAACUUGCAAGUAAUUCAAAAAGUUCUUGGCAUGACCAAUACAAAGACAGCGCUUGGAUAUUUGUUGGUGGUUUACCUUACGAUUUAACAGAGGGAGAUGUAAUAUGUGUAUUUUCCCAGUAUGGAGAAAUAGUUAACAUAAACUUGGUUAGAGAUAAAGCUACUGGAAAAUCAAGAGGAUUUUCAUUUAUUUGUUAUGAAGACCAAAGAUCCACUAUUCUUGCUGUAGAUAAUUUAAAUGGUAUUAAGAUAUUAGGUAGAACAAUUCGUGUGGACCACUGUGAACAGUAUCGAGCCCCUAAUGCGGACAUGAGCAAGAUUGAUGAAAUCACUGCAUCAAUCAGAACUGAAGGAUGUGCACCUGUUGUCAACCAAGUAGACAUACCAAUUAAAGUGGAGAAGAAAGAAAAAGAAAAAAAGAAAAAGCAUAAAGAAAAAAAAAGUAAAAAGAAAAAAAAGAAGAAGAGUAAAUCUGACCCUGAAGCCAGCUCAAGUGAUUAAGACUAAUAGUAUAAGUCAAUAAGGGUAACUUUGACUGAUAAUCACAUUUUUUUUAGCUAAUUUUGAUAAUGUUAAAUAUGAGACAAAAGAGUUAAUUUAA